AUGCGUUUCUCACUCCUAGAAUUCGCCGCCGUGGCCUACGCUGGCAGUACGAUCAACACAGACCCAACUACAACCACAACAACAACACCCGCUGCAACCCCAACACCAACCGGCGUCUGCACCAAGUUCCCCUACGACGCACUCCUGCCACUCUCAACAAACACCGCCGCUCAGUCCUGGUGCUCGAAAAAUUUCCCCGUCGCCUGCACUGGCAGAAGACCAGAAAAGAAGAUCGCGGAGCGGACGGCAGAUCCAGAACCCAUCGCAGAGCCAGAGCCGACUCCCACGACGUUGGUCAAGAAAGCGCAGAAGGCCAACCCAGCAGCACUACUUUCGACCCUGGAAGCAUUGGGCAAGGGGUUUGCGAGCACAGCUUGUGCUUGUAUCGAGACGCCGGCGCCGUGUUAG